AUGACCACUGGUAGCGUGGCUCCUUACGGCAACACCGUGUCCGAGCGCCCCCUCCCUCCGUCGCUGUGGGCGAGACUGCUGAAUCUAUGGAGAGAGUCUUUUGUGGGUGACGGGCGUGCUGAGAUGUGCUGGCGGGUGGGCGGAGCAGCAGCCACCCUGAACAGAGGCCGUGGCUGCCCUCUUUUGGGCCGUGCCACCCUAUCCAAUAUUUAUGCAAGGCCAGGGGGUGACGUGGGCCUGUCUACCAAAGAGGACCAAAGUCACAAAGUCCCCCAAGGUGACGCGCAGAUGUGGGAGCACAGCAUCGACCGGAUCGGUCCCGCGGACCAACAGCUCGGAAGUCUGGGACUUGGACGCGUUGCAUCCGGCUUUUCCUUCAUGCAUACUGGCACUCGGGGCUGCCUGGCUUGGGCAGCACGCGCCAAUCGGGCCCGUCGCCAUCAGUCGGCCGGGAGGGAGGGCUUCGGCCAGCUCACCAUCGCAUGGUGCCGAGAGUGCUGA